AUGGUGGCAUUUGAAGGCAACAAUUUUCGAGGGUGGCGGUGGCAACGGUUUGUUUCGGUGGUGAAGAGGUUAGAAACAGGUGGUGUAGAGGGUGGGUUCCGUGAUGGGCAACCGGUGUUCCCAGUGAAGUGGUUCAUGGUGAAGGCAAUUUUAAGGAAAAAAUGUAGGAAACCAGGGAAUCGGAAAGGCAGAUCGUCGUGGUUUAUCGACGGAGCAUCAAGUCGUGGUGAUCAUCCGGUUGACGUACUCACACGACAGUCAAAGUUUGGCAAAGAAGUAACCGGUGCCCUAAUGGGAUCACUGCAAGAAAGUCUGAACAGGUUCAAGAAGCAACAAGAGAAAUGCCAAUCAACCCUUAAGAGCAUUGCUGCAGAUUCUAAAACAACCAUUAAGACAACAGCACCACCUGCUCCUAGAGUUGUGCCUCGUGCAAACACCUCCACUGAAUUACCUUCUCUUCCAAUUAAAUUCUCUAAUGACACUGAGAGGUUGCAGCAUAUUAAUCGAAUAAGGAUUAGCCCUGUUUCAUCCCAGAUCAAACGAGUGGUUGAUUUACUUUUCAAGUCAAGGCAAUCGUUCACAGCAGAGCAAAUAAAUGAAGCAUGUUAUGUUGAUGUGAAAGGCAACAGAGCUGUGUUUGAGAGUUUAACAAAAAAUCCAAAAGUUAGUUAUGAAGGAAAACGCUUCUCUUACAAGUCGAAGCAUGAUGUGAGAGACCAAAAAGAACUACUCCGUUUAAUUCGGACAUUUGCAGAAGGAAUUGCUGUUGCUGAUCUUAAGGAUGCUUAUCCAACUGUCAUGGAUGAUUUACAGGCCUUGAAAGCUGCAAGACAGAUAUGGCUUCUAUCAAACUUUGACUCACAAGAAGACAUAGCCUACCCUAAUGAUCCACGUGUCCCAAUCAAAGUUGAUGAUGAAUUGAAACAGUUAUUCAGGUCAAUUGAACUGCCACGUGACAUGUUGGACAUUGAGCGGGACCUACAGAAGAACGGAAUGAAGCCUGCAACCAACACUGCUAAAAGAAGAGUCAUGGCACAAAAUGGUAAUAUUUAUAACAAACCAAAACAAAAGAAGAAGAAGACUGAGAUUAGUAAACGCACAAAGCUCACAAACGCUCAUCUUCCCGAGCUCUUCCGCAACCUUAAUGGCUAGUUGGAUUUGCUAUUGUAUAUGUUAAUGUUUGGAUUAAUGAGAAUAUACCAGAAUCGUUUUAUGAUCGUAUGGGUGAUGAAUGUUUUUUCAAUGUGUCACGAUUUGAUGUUCAAGUGGAUGAUUUAUGUGUCGAUUUUUUAUGCCUUAAUGGAUGCUUGAGGAUCCGUAAAUGAGGUAUUGGGCUUAAAAGACUAGGUAUAACUGUUGUAAUUUAUUUUUUAAUUCGAUUUUAGAUUGGUUAAUAUGGUUGUUUAAGGUAGUUUUUUGGGUUUGGUUGGUUGGUUGAACUAGGUUAUAACCCGUGGAAACCAUGGGUGAGAAUGAAAAAC